AUGCGUGAUGUCAUAUCUGAUCUAGAAAACUAUAUACAAAACCAUCGUCAUGAAAUCCAUUCAAUUGCCACUGUCUAUCGCGGCCAGCAGAUGCAUUUGGAAGAAAUCCUAGAAAUUCAAGCCAAUGUCAGUGGUCUUAUUGGAUUAACAGCCUUUUUGUCAACAACGUUGUCGAGAGAAACAGCUUUUAACUUCGCAAGCAUCUCGUCUCCCCAUCGAACAGGCCUGAUCAGACAAGUCCUAUUUUCGAUCGAUAUUCCUCAACAUAUCCAGGCUGCUUAUUGCGAUAUAUCACAGUAUAUAAGUGUUGCAGAUCACGAGUUGGAAAUUUUGUUCUCGUUUCGUUCGUUGUUUCGUAUUGAACGAGUGACAAAAAAUACUCUCGACGAAUUUUGGUAUAUUGAUUUGACGUUAAUUGAUGAAAAUGACGAACAAUAUAUUUCGAUUAUGAAUCCAUGGUAUUUGCGAACGAAAGAUAUUCUCAAUCAACAAUCAUUCUUUACGGUACGAAACAUUCAAUCAAAGAAAAACUUCUUUCAUUAUCUCACAUUCGAAAAAGGAUCGUUUUUAGCGUCUCAAUUGUUCAUCGAUAUGAUGCUACGUUUAGAUCAAAAUGACUUUGCUCGAAAAGAACUUCUUGACGUUUGUCGAGAAGCUUAUGCUAAAGAUACUGUCGAAUUGAAGAAAAUUUAUCAUUUCGAUGCCACUUACGAUCCUCGAGAUGCAAUAAAAUGGUACACUGUUGAUUGUUUUCUUUAUCAACUAAUUAAUCGCGCACUUCGAAAUGAAAAUAUUGAUUGGAUUUUUAAACUACGUUACUUCAUUCAUGAUCUUCACAAUCAACUUGCUCAGAUGCAGAUGGAAUUUCUUCGGCAAUUACCAUCAAAUCAAAGAGUUCUACAACUUUAUCGAGGCUUGAGGAUGCACUUGUGUGAACUGCAUCAGUUACAACAAAAUCGAGGACAACUUGUUUCAACAAACACAUUUCUGUCAACAACAAGUGAUUAUGAAGCUGCUCUGGCAUUUUCUGGUGAUGGAAAUGAGGAGGGAAACUCGAUCUCAGUUAUUUAUCGUAUCGUUGUUGAUACAACAAUGAAACAAUCGAUUCGCUUUGCAAGUAUUGAUUAUCAGAGUAUUUUCAAAGAUGAAGAUGAAGUUCUCUUCUCGAUGAGUGCAGUUUUCAGUGUUGGAGAAAGGAAACAACUGAGAGAUCGAUUAUGGACUAUUAAAUUAGCGUUAGCAUCAAUAGAAGAUGAACAAUGGAAUGAUUUCACAUUGCAUUUUUCUUAA